GCACCUUUGUGUGAAAGUUAAACUCAGUGUGCAAGGGAAAGGGCAUCUACAAAUGAACUCAAACACUGAAGUCCUGAAGUUAUAAAUGAAUAGGUAGCAAACCGAGCUCACAAUGCAGGCAAUUAAAACGGUGGAAAAAGAAGUAACUUUUAUAAAGGAAAUACUCUUCACGGAGUCUUUCCUAAAGAGGCAGGAGCGCAGCCAAAGCCCYGCAAGCCGGCAGCUCUGCGAGGAGCAGCCAUUGGAAGGAGCUGUCUGCAGCUCGCAGUGCUGCACUGAGCAUGUCCCGGCGGAGCCCGGCGCAAGCAGCACAUUAUGCAAAAAGGCGGCUCUAGCAGAUGGGAGAGAGGCACAGCAAGCGUUUGCUGCGCUUGCAUCACCGCCGCUUGAAAACAARCCUGGAUCAUCACUAGAGGGGAUCUCGCCGGCAGGCCGAGGGGAGGAAAUCCGGGAGCAUGGCUUGAUUUCUGAACGCGUUGUGCUGCGGAAAAUCAUGGGGAAUCAAGAUGGGAAGCUAAAGAAGAAUGCAGGUGAUGUACAUGACGGAGGAGAGGAUGUCUCAGGGCCCAAGGAUACAGAUGGCACAAAGAAGGCAGCGGGAAGCAGGAGGGGACUGGGGAAGCAUGCAAAAGGAAGUGAAUCUGGUAAGAAGAAGGGUAAGUCGGACUCGAGGGCCUCGGUGUUUUCAAAUUUAAGGAUCAGAAAAAAUCUAUCCAAGGCUAAAGAUGGGAAUAGCAGUUCGAGGGAGGAUGUUUUGGAAAGCCAGGCCUUGCCGCCGGGGGAGCUGGACAGCACUCAUUCAAUUGUGACCAAAACUCCCGAUAUAAGCAUCUCUGCAGAUGAAGGGGGUCUCUCGGACACAGACGUUGAGCAUUUUGAAAUCAGGAAUGAAACCGUCCCGGUUGCUGCAGAGACACAGGAUGGACAAAGGACCAGCUCUGGCUCUGACACAGAUAUAUACAGUUUCCAUUCAGCCACCGAACAAGAGGAUUUGCUUUCUGAUAUCCAGCAAGCCAUUAGGCUGCAACAGCAGCAGGGGGCAAUUAGCAUCGGCACCGAGGACCUUGUCACCAAAACAAUGGGCCGACACACAGCUAAUUCCCAAGCAGCCCCCUUAGAUUUUGAACGGUUCCUUUCAGCARCUCCCGCUGACAAAGCGAGCAGCCCGGGCACCGAGGAGGCUUUUCCAGUGGGAUCUGAAAUUGUGGAAAGCAUUCCGGGCUCCUGUGCAAAAGAGAGGGAACUGAAAGAGGCGGUAAAUGGAGCAGGCUCUCCUGGAAACGGCUUAUUUAAAACCSAGGAACACAAGCUAUUGAUCGAGGAGCAGGCACGGCUCACUGGCAGCGUGGAUGCUGUAGCUAGCGAGCUAAAGGAGGAUUUAAAUGGAGCUGCAGUAGAAAACGGGUCUCAGAUAGAUGGCUCGGCACUGUGUUUUCCAGCUUCAGGAGUGGAUUCUGAGGCUAAAAUUAGUGAUGUGCAGGAUGAUCUGCAAGGUUCGGUCACGGAGGAUGGAGUUUGGSAUGCAGGCCGCAGCCGUGCUGCUGAGACUCAGGAAGAUAAACACACAAUAUCGGCCAGCCAAGACGACCUGCUUAAUGGCUUAUCCRCUGAAAUGAAAAAUGACAUUUCCUYCUCARAGGGGACAACAGGCAGCCCCGCACUUGGUUCCCGCUGCUUUAAACCCUACCUAAUUAAUCCUUGUUACAUCAAAACCACAACGAGGCAACUGAGUUCUCCCAACCACUCACCUUCUCCCUCCCCAUCCCAGAGCCCGCUUUUCACCAGGAGGCAGGAGUCCUCUCACAAAAAGGAAAAGGUCUCAAUCAAGAAGCAGAGGUCUGCUAGUUUGGCAGGUUUGUUUAGCCGUUCGGCAGACUGGACUGAUGAGGUAUAUGGUCACAAAAGCGAGCUAGUGCAGAAGGUGGGCUCYGCAGGCUACCUGGAGCACAAGGGCUUCAGAGAGAAGUUUCAACCRGAAAGAGUGCCUUUGACUCAUUCAAGAAAGUCCUCAGGGGUGCAGGCUUCUGCAGAGACAUUUCCUAAUGUCUUUUCAGGGAGAACUCUACUGGAAAAACUGUUCAGUCAGCAGGAGAAUGCACCACAAGAAGAAGCAGAGAAACUAUGCUCUCGUAUUAUUGCAAUGGGUCUUUUACUUCCUUUCACCGAUUGCUUCAGAGAACCGUGUAAUCAGAGUGCCCAGCAAAGCACACCCACGUUUGAUCAAGACCAGCUUUAUACUUGGGCUGCAGUAAGCCAACCCACACAUUCAUCGGAUUACAUUGAAGGAAGUUUUCCAAGGAGAAUUCCAUCUGCGUGGCCCCCACCCAAACCUCCAGAUGMGGAAAAAAGACUCAAAACGACAGAAGGAGAGUUGAAAUCUGCAAUCCUAGAAGCAGAGAAACAAUGCAUUGAUGAUGUUCAGCGAUUACRGGAUGAUUUUGAAGCGAAAUCCGAAGAGCGUGCCAGUGUCAUCCAACAACUUGAGCAAACUAUUGAGGAUUUGAGGACCAAAAUUGCAGAACUAGAGAAACAAUAUCCUGCCAGAGAAGUAGAGACUGCUAUAAGGGAGCAGGAAAGUGAGCACAGACGCUCCGUCUGYAGGGAACUCAGUAGUUUAACUCUUCAAACAAAUGGAGAGGAGGUUGUAUUCAGAACUGUGUCACAAGCAAGAUCUGUACAGACAUCACCAACGGAAGAUUAUCUAACACACAAAAUGCCUUCAGCCAAUGCACUGCCACAGCCACCCUCACCACCGCACUUGAAAGGGGGCAAAAGUGAAGGGCCAACUGAGCAAUUGCCAACUCUGGAACUACAGCCCACAUUUUGUUCUGAAAUCUCCUUAAUUCUGUCACCGAAACUAAUCUCGGUGCCACUGGAUACAAGCCUAUCAGUACAAAGUACACCACAGUCACCUCUUCCAGARCCCAAAGUUAAUUUGUCCCUUGCAUUUGAAGGAGAGCCUGGAUUGCCAGCUCCCCAUCAACCUCUAAGUACUGGAAAUGAGACGUGUAGUGAACAUCCCCCCUCUGUGCCACCAGAGCCCUCUUGUAGCACUCUCCCAUCACUGCCAGCAUCUACCCUGGCAGCAUCUGCACCUCUGGCAGGAGGAUCACCCUCACCAUUCCUGCCUGAUGCAGGAUUCCCUCUGCCUCUCGUUGGCCCAGCAAUGCCACGCCUGGAACAUUCUUUGCCAGGCACUGUGAUGCCACCUCCACCUCCUCCUCCUCCACCUUUGCCAAGUGGAGACAUACCGAUGCCGCCUCCAGCCCCUCCUCUUCCAGAUGCUGKUGUCCCACUGCCACCUCCACCACCACCUCUGCCCAGUGGAGUUCUCCCCACUCCUCCCAUACCACCACCUUUACCUGGCACCAGUGUCCCUCCCCCAGCCCCUCCUCUGCCAGGCCUGGGAGUGCCACCCCCACCCACAGCACCACCUCUGCCUGGGGCAGGAGUGCCACCACCUCCCCCACCUCUACCCGGAGGAGGUUUCCCCCCUCCUCCUCCUCCUCCUCCACCUCCUCCUCCUCUGCCUGGUGCAAGCUUCCCUCCACCACCACCUCCUCCUCCUCUGCCUGGUGCAAGCUUCCCUCCACCACCACCUCCUCCUCCUCUGCCUGGUGCAAGCUUCCCUCCACCACCACCACCUCCUCCUCCUCUACCUGGUGCAGGGUUCCCUCCACCACCACCACCACCUCCUCCUCUGCCUGGUGCAGGUUUCCCUCCUCCACCACCACCUCCUCCUCUACCUCUGCCUGGUGCAACUGUCCUUAUUCCUCUAGCUCCACCUCUGCCUAGUGCAGGUGUCCCACCAGCUCUACCUCUGCCUGGUGCAGGUGUCCCUCCUCCUCCUCCACCACCACCACCCCCUCUGCCUGGUGCAGGUGUCCCUCCUCCUCCUCCACCACCACCACCCCCUCUGCCUGGUGCAGGUGUCCCUCCUCCUCCUCCACCGCCACCUCCUCUGCCAGGCCUGGGAAUGCCACCUCUGGCCCCACCACCUUUUCCUGGAGUUGUGCCACCUCCUCCACCACCAGCUCAGAGCAGCGCCUACCCAGCAGUUCCGCAAGUCUCUGGGUUUCUUCCUCCUCCCUUACCAUCUGGUUUAUUUGGGAUGGGUGUGAAUCAGGAGAAGGGGAGCAGGAAACAAGUGAUAGAGCCUUCUCGACCAAUGAAGCCUCUUUAUUGGACAAGAAUUCAGCUGCACAGUAAAAGAGAUUCUAGUGCUUCACUUGUGUGGGAAAAAAUUGAAGAACCUUCCAUAGAUUUUCAUGAGUUUGAAGAACUGUUUUCUAAAACAGCUGUUAAAGAGAGGAAGAAACCCAUUUCGGACACCAUUACAAAAACAAAGACUAAACAAGUUGUCAAGUUGUUAAGUAACAAAAGAUCUCAAGCUGUUGGAAUACUCAUGUCUAGCCUUCAUCUAGACAUGAAGGACAUUCAGCAUGCUGUUGUGAACUUGGACAACUCUGUGGUUGACCUAGAGACCCUUCAAGCCCUCUAUGAGAAUAGAGCACAAUCAGAUGAAUUGGAAAAAAUAGAAAAGCAUAGCAAAGCAUCGAAGGAAAAAGAAAAUGCCAAGUCUCUGGAUAAGCCUGAACAGUUCCUCUAUGAACUCUCGCUAAUUCCCAACUUUUCAGAACGUGUAUUUUGCAUCCUGUUCCAAUCAACUUUUUCAGAAAGCGUUUCUUCAAUUCGUCGCAAACUUGAAUUGUUGCAGAAACUGUGUGAGACACUGAAAAAUGGGUCAGGAGUUAUGCAGGUCCUGGGUUUGGUUCUUGCCUUUGGAAAUUAUAUGAAUGGUGGAAACAGGACACGAGGACAGGCAGAUGGAUUUGGACUAGAUAUCCUGCCAAAACUGAAAGAUGUCAAGAGCAGUGACAACAGUGGAAGUCUUCUAUCUUACAUGGUCUCAUACUAUUUGCGUAAUUUUGAUGAGGAUGCUGGAAAAGAACAAUGCAGCUUCCCUCUUCCAGAGCCACAAGAUCUCUUCCAGGCUUCUCAAAUGAAGUUUGAAGAUUUUCAAAAGGAGCUUCGCAAAAUGAAGAAAGAUUUGCGAGCAUGUGAGACAGAAGCAGCAAAAGUUUAUCAGCUAUCACUAGAAGAGCACCUCCAGCCUUUCAAAGACAGCAUGGAGCAAUUCAUUAGUCAAGCUAAAGUAGACCAAGAAAAUGAAGAGAAGUCAUUGACAGAAGCGCAUAAAAGCUUUUUGGAAACUGCAGCCUAUUUCUGUAUGAAACCAAAAAUGGGAGAGAAAGAGGUGUCCCCACAUUCUUUCUUCAGUAUUUGGCACGAAUUCAGCUCCGACUUCAAAGAGUUCUGGAAGAAGGAAAACAAACUUAUUCUGCAGGAGAGAGUUAAAGAAGCAGAAGAAGUCUGCAGGCAGAAAAAGGGGAAAUCACUUUACAAUAUAAGACCAAAGCAUGACUCUGGAAUUAAAGCAAAGAUAAGUAUGAAGAUCUGAGAGAAGAAGAGUGAAAGCCAUUGCUACCUGGUUACCAAAACUCAACACGUCUCUGGGUGGGGGUUAAGGGGGAAGGAAACUAUGUCAUCCUCAUCAUUUGCUUGCUUGAUCUUUCUGAGUUUCCGUUUUGUUCACUAGAGUUUUCCACCAAUUGAUGUGUUACUUAACAUUCAUGAAUGAAUGUAAUCACUUUAAUGGAGUGCCCAGCAAUAGACUAGGUAUGGACUUGAAACACCUUCCCUGUACUCUGUCUCCUUUGCCAGUCAAAAAUAAUAUUUUGUAAAGUUUAUGGUAUAUUACAAAUAGGCCAAAUCAGCAUGCGUUAAAAAACAGCAUCUGCAUCAGUUCUGAACAUGCUGCAAAUUGCGUUAAGUUGAACGUCAUAAGAAUGCUACUUGAUACAAUAAAACAUCUCCAUUCCUACUGGCAACAUCUGUCUAACACAAAUACUUCAUGGCACUGCACUUAGAUUAGGGAAAGAAAUGUUACUCCUAGUGAAUUGUUUGUAUCUGUUUCAUGUUGGCAUUUGUAGUUUGUAUUUUGAAUCGUUAAGUGCUGUUUAUACAGUAUAAUCAAUGCUUUCCCAACUUGUUUGGUUGCCCUCCAUGACUAAAUAUUUGUGGAACAAGAUGUUUACCGUAACUAUCUUUAAAAUCGAUAAGGCAGCAUACUUUUACUUCAUCUUUUGCCAGACAGUGAAUGCCAGCUGGUAUAGGGGUCAGAAAUCCAACAUAAAAAAAAAAAAUAAGUGAAAAGCAGGAAAAUACGUAAAGCACAGAAGUAUUCUAGAGAGUAUAAGAGAGGUUUGGCUAUUAUAGUUUGUUAAUAUAUAAAGCAGUUAAUACUUUUACAUGAACUUUAGAAGAUAUAGUAGAGUUUUUAAAUCCUGAUUGCUUAAAUCAGACAGCCUUUUGUGGUCAUAUGUACAUGACUUCCCUUUUGGAACUAGCUUUACUGUUAAUUUAAAACUCCUUUAGAGAUCCAUUUAAAAGAUGCACAUGGUAAUUGACAUUUCUGGAAAAUGCUAGCCAAGUCUAGUGACAGAACAUAGACUACUAACAAAUUCACAUCUAUUUCACACUUAACAGAACUGCAGAUUUUUCCUCCAAGCUUUCAGUGUUCUAGGAGGUUACUGAUAGGACUAAGAAAUCUAGAAUUUAGGUCUUCCACUUUAGACCAUAUGCUUAAUUCCUAUUUGAAAACCAGAGUUUACUAUAUUAGUCUUGAUCACCUCAACCAGUAGCACCAUCUUCCUCCAGUUCCAAUUAGCAAGCCCCAAAGUUCUCCGCCUGAUUGAUAACAUUUGGAUUUCAAAGUGCACUUUCCCAGAAAGCAGUAAGUGUGUUAGCUGAAUUGGAUGUGCAUGCUCACAACCAUGGAGCCUUGAAGACACUGGCAUAAAGCAAAUGAUAUCAACCUGCUGGGAUAGGUUGUUCUCUUUCUAGUACAUCAGAAGAUGCUCCUGGCUGUCCAGAGGCUAAUAUACUCUACAAAGUGUCAUAAGGGGAAGUGCAAAAUAUGACCUCAGGAAUCUGUUGUUAUUCACAUAUACCAAGCACUAGAAAAGAUGGGGGGKUUUUUUCACUAUGUGAAAAGCAAAUCUCCUGUUGCUUGACAGACCUUUGUGAAAUUCUGUACUCAUAAUUAUUUCUG